CAAUGUUUGUGAUAAAAUAAAGGUUUUGCGUUUGCGCAUGUGCUAUUUUAUAAAGUUUGCCAUCUUAGUUUUUACCUUACGUCAGUUUCCUUAUUACUUUUUAAGUAUUGAUCAGUGUUGCCAACUGGCAUUUUUUAAUGCCAAAUUUAGUAAAAUUGGCAUUAUUUUAACAUGUUUGCAUUUUUUGGCAUUUUGGCAUUAUUUUGGCAUUUUGGCAUUUUUUUUGGCAUUUUUAAAGAAACUGUUGAAUUGAUUUUUUUUUCAGUUGGUUUGUAUUUAAUUUGUAUUAGAACAUUAAGCACAAUGUCGAGGGUAAAUUCAAGAAAGUACCUUGAAAAAUGGGAAGCGGAUUAUCCUUGGCUUAAAAAAAGCUCUGAUGGUACUGAAUCAGCAUUCUGUACCCUUUGUCGUGUAACUAUACAACCACGGAAAUCGUCUGUAGAACAGCACAGUGUUACUUUUAGACAUGCUUCAAGAGAAAAGCAUCUUAACACAAAAAGCCAGAUUACGUUUCCUUUAGUAUCAAAGAAAGCAGACUGUGAAGCAGAUAUUUCAACGAUAAAUCACCUCGGAGAAAUCAUUUCUCUUUAUGGAAAAAAUAGUCCCCUUGAAAACCUUCGUCUGCAUCGAACCAAAUGUACCCAAAUUAUUAAAAAUGUAAUUUCUUCAUCAAUCGAAUCAGAAAUUUCUGAAUCAAUGGCAGAUAAACCUUUUCCCAUCCUGAUUGAUGAAUCGACUGAUGUUUCUUUGACAAAACAUCUUUGCAUUUGUGCUCGAUACUAUUCAGAUGAACAGAAAUCAGUUAUCGAUGACUUUCUUGGUUUAGCUGCUGUGAUAUCAACCACUGGUGCAGAUCUUUUUGCUGUUUUGGAAACAAAGUUGACGUCUGUUGGAUUGUCUUUAAAAAACUGCAUUGGGUAUAGCUCAGACGGAGCUUCAAAUGUCAUUGGAUUUCACAAUUCGGUUUGGUCUCGUGUUCGGGCCAAUCGUACCAUGACACAUUACUUAGUUGUAAAAUUUCCAGAGGAGGAUUCAGUGGAGGUAGUUCCGGAAACAUGGUUUUCUCAUGAGACUGGGAAUAUUCCAAUAGAGGUUACAAAUUCUGAAGAUAAGUUUUAUAAAUGUUUUUCUUUUAACCCUGAUUACAAAAUAGCGCACGAUAAAGCCACUCUAGCAUUAGAUACUUCAGAUCUUAAUACUGAUACAGAAACAACAGGAAAAAAGAGAAAGAGAAAGGAAGUUCAAAGAUUUGAAAUUCUCAAUGAAAAUGAUGAGCCUAAUGUUGAUUUUUGUCCUAAUAAGUAUGAUCGUUGGGUUUAA